CAGUGCAAAGUGAGGUUAGGUUGGAAUUAUAAGCAAAAAUUUUGUUGUUUACCAGGAAAACCGCUAAUUCCGCAGAGAAAAUCAGGAAAAUGGAAGUAGAUUUUGGUGAAAUCUUAGAGCCAGUGUCUCGUGCAUUCUGGGAUGACUACGACGAUCUGACAGACAAUGAAGAAUACAAGAAGCCGGAAUGGAAUGCAGAAGAAAAAGACAUAAUUUGUCCAGGAAAUGUGAAAUCUUGCAUUGUGAUUGAAGGGGAUAAGGUAGAAGAGUUAAUGAAGCUCCUGAUUCUCAAUGAAGCCAAACCCAUUGCCAGGCUAAAGUCAGGAAAAGUCUCUCUAUUCCAUCUUCCGGAUGUGGGAAGCAUAAUUUGUGUUUCCGAGGAGAAAACCCUCAAUUAUUUUGCAGCAAUAACGGAGUUAAUGAAACCAUUUAUCGAGAAGACUCCUCAAGUAGUCUGCAUUUCCAUUCAGCCCUCAUCUCUUCACAAAGGACCAAAGGAGGGCGAUUCUGAUAAGGUAUCGUUUAUUCGUGGCCUUGAUUCACCCUUCCCAGAAAUUGUGGCACUUAAAGAACCAAAUUUUAUCACUGGAGUUUGUGCUGGAGUUGCCUCUUGGAGGAAAUUCAAUGACCUUUCCACAUCUUGCUAUGUGGUCUACGUGGAAACUCUUCGAUUUGAUUCCCAGACAAUUGAACCUCUCAUUAGGAUUCUCCAGAAGAUCGGAGUGCGAUGCAAUGAGAAUAGCUACAUAAACAUAAAAGCUACAGAUUCAAAUCUUUAUAUGUAAAUUUUGGGGAUUACAAUAAAACUCUGUACAAUUUUUCAGAUCAAG